AUGCGCAGACAUUAAACGCUACCGUGUAGAUGCUAAGUAUGCGUUGGGAUCACUUGCUAGUCUGAUUAGUUGAAAGUAUUUUAACUAACUUUGAACAAUUUACAGCGUCUAAGAACUGACUUUCAAAAAAUCAUGGAGAAAUCACAGAAAAUGCCUAAGGUGGCCAAGGUGAAAAACAAGGCGCCUGCAGAGAUACAGAUCACUGCAGAGCAGCUGCUACGCGAGGCAAAGGAGCGUGAUCUAGAGAUACUGCCACCACCACCAAAGCAGAAGAUCUCAGACCCACAUGAGCUUGCGGAUUACCAGCAUCGCAAGCGCAAAGCUUUUGAGGAUAUUAUCCGUAAGAACCGUAUGAUCAUCACUAACUGGAUGAAGUAUGCGCAAUGGGAGGAAAGUCAGAAACAGAUUCAACGUGCAAGAUCCAUAUAUGAGCGUGCACUUGAAGUGGAUCAUCGUAACAUAGCGCUCUGGCUGAAGUAUACAGAGAUGGAAAUGCGUAAUCGCCAAGUAAACCAUGCGCGUAAUCUAUGGGAUCGAGCGGUCACGCUAUUGCCACGUGCCAAUCAAUUUUGGUACAAAUACACAUAUAUGGAGGAGACGUUGGAAAACAUAGCUGGUGCGCGCCAAGUGUUCGAACGGUGGAUGGAGUGGGAGCCAGAUGAGCAGGCUUGGCAAACAUAUAUCAAGUUCGAACUGCGUUACAAGGAGAUCGAACGCGCUCGGCAGAUCUACGAACGUUUUGUGAUGGUGCAUCCAGACGUUCGCCAUUGGAUCAAGUACGCGCGUUUCGAGGAAUCAUACGGCUUCAUCAAGGGUGCGCGCACAGUCUACGAGCGUGCAGUAAAUUUCUACGGGGACGAAGGCCUGGAUGAACGUCUGUUCUUGGCGUUCGCCAAGUUCGAGGAGGGUCAACGGGAACAUGAUCGCGCACGCAUCAUCUACAAGUACGCGCUGGAACACAUACCGCGCAGCAACACCCAGGAGAUUUACAAGGCAUACACGAUCCACGAGAAAAAGUACGGCGACCGCUCGGGUAUCGAAGAUGUGAUAGUCAGCAAGCGGAAGCAUCAGUACGAGCAAGAAGUCAAAGAGAAUCCGGCUAAUUAUGACGCGUGGUUCGAUUAUCUGCGUUUAGUAGAAUCCGAGGGUAACGUCGACGUCAUCCGCGAAACUUACGAGCGUGCAAUUGCCAAUGUGCCGCUUACCAAGGAAAAACAAUUCUGGCGCAGAUAUAUUUACUUGUGGAUUAAGUACGCGUUCUUCGAGGAAUUGGAAGCGAAAGAUGUCGAGCGGUGUCGGCAAGUGUACAAGGUAUGUCUGGAGCUAAUACCACACAAGCGUUUUACUUUCUCGAAGAUUUGGCUGCUCUAUGCGUACUUCGAGAUACGACAAAGGAAUCUGACUAAGGCGAGGAAGACCCUCGGAUUUGCGUUGGGUAUUUGUCCUACUGACAAACUGUAUCGUGGCUACAUCGAUUUGGAAAUACAGCUGGUGGAGUUUGAUCGGUGUCGCAAGUUAUACGAGAAGUUCCUCGAGUUUGGCCCGGAAAACUGUACAACGUGGAUGAGGUUCGCCGAACUGGAAACUCGGCUGGGCGAGAUCGAGCGUGCACGUGCCAUAUAUGAGUUCGCGAUCGCACGGCCGCGACUGGAUAUGCCGGAGCUUCUAUGGAAAUCGUAUAUCGACUUUGAGAUCGCACAGGGUGAGACGGAGAAUGCCAGGCAGUUGUUUGAGCGGCUGUUGGAACGAACGUUGCAUGUUAAGGUGUGGAUAGCCUAUGCCAAGUUCGAGCUUCUUAAUCCGGGGAAUGACGAUGCGCCGGAUAAUGUCGUGCUGGCGAGACGGAUCUUCGAGCGCGGUAACGAUGCAUUGAGAUCCAGCAACGACACAGAAAGUCGUGUAUUGCUAUUGGAGGCGUGGAAAGAUUUUGAGAACGAAAAGGGCACUGCCGAUACCUUCGCGAAGAUCAUGGAGAAGAUGCCGCGACGUGUGAAGAAGAGAAGACGUGUUGUUGACGAGGACGGCAAUGAUGACGGUUGGGAAGAGGUGUUCGACUUCGUGUUCCCGGAGGACGAGUCGCAAAGACCAAAUCUUAAAUUCCUUGCGUCCGCGAAGGCUUGGAAAAAACAAAAUGAGACCUCUUGAGACAUUAAAAUUUGAUAUGUAGCUUUAUAAAAUUUAACUUGUAUAUAGA